GUCCUGUUUGCGUUGUCGAUUAUUUUUUGGCUGACUUGUAGACUGCGAUAUGUCGGGCCGCGGGAAGCAGGGCGGGAAGGCGCGCGCCAAGGCUAAGUCACGUUCAUCACGAGCUGGGCUGCAGUUCCCUGUGGGCCGUGUGCACCGGCUUCUGCGGAAAGGUAACUACGCGGAGCGGGUGGGCGCCGGCGCCCCGGUGUACCUGGCGGCCGUGCUGGAGUACCUGACGGCCGAGAUUCUGGAGCUGGCGGGCAACGCGGCCCGCGACAACAAGAAGACGCGCAUCAUCCCCCGCCACCUGCAGCUGGCCAUCCGCAACGACGAGGAGCUCAACAAGCUGCUGGGCAAGGUCACCAUCGCGCAGGGUGGGGUGCUGCCCAACAUCCAGGCCGUGCUGCUGCCCAAGAAGACCGACAGCCACAAGGCUAAGGCUAAGUGAAGCUGUAAAAGUAAACAACCCAAAGGCUCUUUUCAGAGCCACCUACACUUUCCUAAAAAGAGCAGGAACACGUCAGUGUAAAUACCAGCUUUGCUGUUUCUUUGGAAACUGACUCUAACUAAAAUCGUAUUUAUAGCAAUCACCAAGUGCCAACUUCUCAUUACUGAUAACAUAAGUUUAUUCUGCUUGGAAGCUACAGUUACUUUUUGCUGAAAAUCAAUAAAAGUAAAGAUACUGAUGAAGUACAGCCGGUAUCUGCCCCCCCCCCCCGCCUCCCCUGCCGCUGCCCCACGCUUGGAAGCAGUGGGACAGGCGGCGAGCCCGCACCGCGCGACUCGCAAGGGUCAACGUCCCGCCCCUCUCUUGUGGCGGCCAAUCGGAGCGGAGCGCGCGUUUUUUGAACCGCCUCGGAGGUGGCGCGCAUCUCGUUUGGGUCCGCGCGGAAAGCGGUUCCCGGUGCCCUGCGGGCGGGGUGGUGUUUUCUUGCCAUUCCACCCCUUGCGCAAGUGUGUUUACCAAGUACAGCAUGGGCUGCUCGGGUGGUAAUAGGCACAGAAACAUUAAGGUGACGGUGGAUCACGAGUUCGUAACAAAUGUGCUGCACUUUCCCUCACUGCGUAAUUUUCUAUGCACUUUACAGGCUUUUCAUGCACCGCUCUGAACUGGAUGGUACUGGCUGUCUUUUCUUAUGAUACUAUGGGUGGCUGUUACACGCUCCGCUGGGUUUUUCUGCAAGUCUUCUGCCCUCCAGAUCAUUACGUUUCUACUUGGUCACUUCGAGCCUCGCAGCCAUCCUGUGCUCUGUGCCCAUAGGAGGGGCCAUCUAGAGACUGCUGCUCGGGACUCGGGAUCUCUGUUCUCAGAAGGCAGCUCCCGAGGAAUAGGGCAAGGAAGGAAAGCAAAGCGGCUGCUGCACAUCUCCCCCAGCAGAAGCUCUGUGCUGUGAUUUCUUAACGUAAUCUCUGUCAUCUUCACUAAAAGCUAUUUCUGCUUGGUCAGGGUUAUUCACCAACUUAUGUGUUGUUCUCUGCCUUACAGCCAUCUUUCUGCCUGGCAAAGAGUCUGGCUUCCUUCCAGCUGUUCUUGCUUUCCGUGCCACAGAUAUAGGAUUUUCAUGGCAUUUUAAAAAAUGCUAUUUAUUUAAACAUCCCAGUUUCAGCCAAAACAGUGUUAAUUGCACACCAGUGUUUUGGUUGCUGAAUGAUGGGAGUGUGCCUGGGUCAAAACAUAUUGCUACAUACCAAACAUUUUUCUACAUAAAAGAGGAACGUUUUGGUUUAAGAAGAGUGCAUCACAGGUGUUGGUAGUCAUGGAACAACAAAAGCAUGUCAUGUCACAAACACACCGAGUCUUUAGACCUUUGAGUCCACACAAAAUAUAACCUUCUGUUCAAAUGUACUCACCUGGGUGAUGCUUUCUCUCAGAUAGACUGGCUUCAGAGAAUGUUAUUCAACCUGUUGUUGCAUCAGUCCCUGUACUUUCUUCAUAGAUUUUUGUU